AUGGAGCCUGCUACAGAGCAUGAUAUCGAGAAGGGUGUACAAGUCCAUACCGCUGCCGACAACUCCACAGACCGCGAUGGCAAGUCCACUAUCGACGCUGAGAAUGACAGUUCUCGACUUUCUGGUUCCGAGCGAGGCUUGAGCUACUGGAGUGUCAAAUUGGAGCAAAUCUGGGGAGUGGAAGCCCGUGGUAUCACUCGUGUAGCUGACAACGAGAAACAUGUGCCGCGUCCGCUCCACGACUAUUUCCACAUGUUCUCGCUAUGGUUCAGUAUCAAUUUGCAAGCCAUGAACAUUAUUGUUGGGCUGCUCGGACCCUUGGUUUACGGACUCGGCUGGGUGGAUUGUAUUUGCAUUGUCAUUUUUGCGAAUGCGCUCGCCUCGACAUCAAUCGCGUAUAUGGCAACCUAUGGACCAGAAAGUGGUAAUAGAACUCAGAUUAUUGGACGUUAUUUCAUGGGUUACUGGCCCUCGAAAAUUGCAUGCUGCUGCAAUAUUGUUCAGCAAGUAGGCUUUGGUACUAUUGGAUGUAUCAUCACUGGACAGAUGAUUACAGCCGUUAACGGAGGGAGCUUGAGUUUGGCUGUUGGAUGCGUCAUUGCCGCAAUCUGCAUCGGUUUAGUGGCUACUUUCGGUAUCGAAUACUUGAACAAAAUCGAGAGAUUCGGAUACAUCCCACAAGCGGUUGUUAUGUUCGUACUUAUUGGUUGCACUGGUGGAGAUUUCGAUACCCACGCAGUCUCAGUUGGUGAUUCCGGAACCAUUAACGCUAAUCGUUGUUCGUUCUUUGCCUUGAUAUUCGCAAGUAUCAUUGGAUUUACCGCCAUCAGUGCCGACUUCUACGUCUACUACCCCAAAGAUUAUCCAAAAUGGAUGACAUUUGCAUCCACGUGGACUGGAAUCUGGACCUCUGUAAUUUUUGCCAACAUCGUUGGAGUUGGUAUUGCUACUGGAGUUCCAAACAUUCCAGCCUGGAGCGACGCCUAUGACAUCUCGUCUGGUGCGCUUCUCUAUGAGUGCUAUGGCAAACUCGGAGGAUUCGGUGGCUUCUGCGUCGUCAUUCUUGCCCUUGGGUCCAUCACCAACAAUGCACCAUGUAGUUACAGUGCGGCAUUGACCAUUCAGGUACUCGGACGCUGGGCAAACAAGAUCCCUCGUUGGUUUUGGUGUGUCCUCAUCACAGCAGUUGAGCUCGUCCUUUCCGUAUGUGGUCGCAACAAGCUUUACACCGUCUUUGAGAACUUCCUCCCUAUGAUGGCAUAUUGGAUUUGCCCCUGGAUUACUAUCAGUCUUGAGGAAUAUUUCAUCUUCCACAAACUUCAAGGCAAAUCGUUCGACUGGUCCAUUUAUAACGACAGAACCAAGCUACCAAUCGGAUAUGCAGCCCUCUUAUCAUUCCUGAUUGGAUUUGCAGGCGCGAUCGUAGGCAUGUAUCAGAUCUGGUACACUGGUCCUAUUGCUUUGAUGAUUGGGGGUGAGUAUGGUGGUGAUAUUGGAGAUUGGCUCGGUAUCGGCUUCACGGCCAUUGUGUUCCCACCAUUGAGAUAUCUCGAGUUGAAGAAGUUUGGACGGUAG